AUGUUAAGCUGUGCGCUUACCAGCAACUAUUUCUAUGGGAAGAUAUGCAAGAAGAUCGGAUUGCACAACAUGUUACCUAAAGAUAUACUUUCACAGCAACCGGAAAAUAGUAAAAUUUUCGCAGAUCUCUUCGAAGCGUAUUACUUCGCCAUAUACAAGGACCGUAAUUACGAUCUGGAAGCCGUCCAGGCUAUGUUUGAUAGUCUAAUAACACCGUAUCUCGACGUUUACUAUAAACGGAUUGUAUGUAUUGAAUUAAUCUCGGGAAAACGGGGUCUAAUAUAUCUUGCGACUAGAAAUCGAUGCGCCAGAGCCCGAAUCAACAAGCUCGCCAACUUCAGAUUUCGGACCAUACCCUCAUUAACUCCAAAAGAAGCGUUAUAA